CGAGGUGGCCCCUGCAGUGGGGUGGGAGUCUGUUGCCCCUCGCGGGUCCUUCGCCCGAGGAAGGAGCCUCCGGAUGCGGCUCUUGCAUUUCCAAUGGGGGCCGGGGGGAGCUGGAAGCUUCGAGCCCGGAAACUCCGUCGGCCGCGUCCUGCCUUCCUGCGGGGCUUCUCCUCGCCUUCUGGGCAGGGAGCCGCGCUCUCGGCCGCUGCCCUCUCCUGCUUGCAGGUCGGCGUGAGUCGCGUGGGCACCGCGGCCGCCUACGGGCUGCUGGCCAGGGAGAGCCUGGGUGCCGGCGAAGAGCUCUUCAGCAUUCCCCGGACGGCGCUCCUGUCCCAGCACACCAGCGCCCUCGCUCCCCUCCUGCGGAAAGAAGAAGCCUCCCUUCAGAGCUCAUCGGGCUGGGUUCCUCUCCUGGUUUCACUCCUCUACGAAUGCACACUUAGUAGUUCCCGAUGGGGGCCUUAUUUCUCUCUCUGGCCCCAGUUCACUGACUUGGAUCACCCCAUGUUCUGGGGUCAUGAAGAACGGGCACAGCUUCUGCAAGGGACAGGAGUCCUCGAAGCUGUGGAGAAAGACUUGGCCAAUAUUGAGAUGGAGUAUUCCUCUAUCAUCUUGCCCUUCUUGAAGGCCCACCCAGAUAUCUUCAACCCGAAGGUGCACACACUGGAGCUCUAUCGGAAGCUGGUGGCAUUUGUCAUGGCUUACAGUUUCCAAGAAACUCUGAAUGAGGAAGAAGAGGAGGAAGAACCUAAUCCUCCAGUGAUGGUGCCUCUGGCAGAUCUUCUAAAUCACGUGGCCAACCACAACGCCAACUUGGAAUAUUCUCCGGAAUCCUUGAAAAUGGUCACCACGAAGCCUGUGCGCAAAGGCCAGGAGAUCUUCAAUACCUAUGGAGAAAUGGCCAACUGGCAGCUCCUCCACAUGUAUGGCUUUGCUGAGGCCUAUCCUGGCAACACCAAUGACACUGCUGACAUCCAAAUGUCGACGCUGCUGAAAGCUGCACUUCAAGCCACAGAUACAGACAUGGAAGAAAAGCUGGUCCUGGACCAAUGGAACUUCCUUUGCCAUCAGGAAAUGGUGGGUGAGGAAGGGGCAUUUGUGAUUGGCUGGGAGAGAGUUUUCACUGAGGAGGAGCUUUCAGUGGCAUUGCAGGUGCUGACUAUGUCUGCAGAGGAAUUCAAAGAGUUUAAAGAGGCUAAGACAGAUAGAAAAGGGACCGCUUGCUUGAUCCAGUCAGUAACUAUGAUACCCAACCUGAGUGCUGCUCAGAAGAAGCUUCUCUUUGAUGCCACAACGCUAACACUGAAGGCUUUUUCCUCCAGUUUGAAGGAGGAGGAAACGAUGCUGGGAGACCUGCAGGCUUAUUUGGAAUUAAGCCACCGGGAGCAAUUUGCCCUCCAAGUGCGAUACGGCCAGAAGAAGAUUCUGCAUCAGUUGCUUGAGCUGGCAAAGUAGUUGCUGCUGUGAGGGUGACAGUUUUGGGGCCUGGAUGCCUUCUAAGCAGUUGGAGGCUCUUUUCAUAGGCAAUAAAAAUGAAUUCCAUAGAUGGAGUCUGUUUCUGUCCCUUGAGGACCUAAUUGCUCAGACUUUUCUUCAGAAGAAAGCUGUUUACAUCCAUGUCUAUCACAGAAGCAAAGCCAACAACUUUUAACAUGACACCUCUGAACAAUUUUGCAGGCACCAAUAUAUUUUGGUGA